AUGAUCCAAGCACGUACCACGACCAACAUCACCCAGGACGACGUCCCCAUGUUGCUGGAUCAGAUGACGGAUGCCGUUCGUCAGAGCGUCCUCCCCUUCCCCGGCGUGAGUGUCCCGGAGCUUCUCCAAUGCCUCGUCGACCGCGGCAUCUUGGCUUAUCCCCCACCACCGGCGGCCGAGCAGCCUUACGACACAGAGAGUCUACUUGACCAGGCCAGUGAUGUUUGGAAUACGCUCGCCAGGUUGACCGUCGAGGGCGAGGGCAAUGACACUAGAUCCAAAGCCAUGCGGGAGUCGGCAAUCAUCGCCAACGAGGAACUCCACCACCGCCUGGCAAUCAUCCAGGGGGCACUCAGGUUGAUCCAUCAGACCGAGCAAGCCGCCCCCGGCCCCGACCCAGGCCUUGAGAGCCGCCUCGGCCAUCUGCGCAGCGGGAAGACUUGGACCAUGCUGCGCCUGCGCCCCAUGCAGCGCAAACUUCAGCAAAAUCGCCUGGAUUCCGACGAAACCGCCCUCAACAUAGCCGCGUCCCGCCACGAACUGGACGUCUCGCGCGCUUCUAGAAAGCUCACCGAAGAGGAGACCUUCCGGAUCAGGCAGGCCGUGAGGGCCAUUGACGAGGCGGGCCUCGACGGCGCGAGGAGGGAGCUCAGUGCCACGACGCGCGUCUUUCGCGACUUCAUUCAAGACACGGCCGACAACGCGCUCCGCGCCACUUCACGCAUGCUCGAGUUGGAAUCGGGCCUGGAGAACGACAUCGAGGUCAUGGAAGCCUCGCUCGACCAGACGAGGUCCGCUGCAAGGCACCUCGUGCAUCAAAUCGGCGAACCGCAAGCCAAGCUGGAUGAGCUUGCGACCCUGCGCAUUGUGGUUGCUCGCUUGGCUGACACGGCUCAGACUUAG